AGAAGCGAUGAGGAAUUACCUGAAGGAGAGGGGAGACCAGACGGUCCUCAUCCUGCACGCCAAGGUCGCACAGAAAUCUUACGGCAACGAGAAAAGGUUCUUCUGCCCUCCUCCAUGCGUGUACCUGAUGGGCAGCGGCUGGAAGAAAAAGAAGGAUCAGAUGGAGCGAGACGGCUGCUCGGAGCAGGAGUCCCAGCCCUGUGCCUUCAUCGGGAUCGGCAACAGUGACCAGGAGAUGCAGCAGCUCAACCUGGAGGGAAAGAACUAUUGCACGGCCAAAACCUUGUACAUAUCAGACUCCGACAAGAGAAAGCACUUCAUGCUGUCCGUCAAGAUGUUCUACGGUAACAGCGCAGACAUCGGCGUCUUCCUCAGCAAGAGGAUCAAAGUGAUCUCCAAGCCCUCCAAGAAGAAGCAGUCGCUCAAGAACGCCGACCUGUGCAUUGCGUCUGGGACCAAGGUAGCACUGUUCAACCGGUUGCGCUCCCAAACAGUCAGCACCCGCUACCUUCAUGUGGAGGGGGGCAACUUCCACGCCAGCUCUCAACAAUGGGGUGCUUUCUACAUCCACCUGUUGGAUGACGAGGAGUCAGAAGGAGAGGAGUUCACUGUGAGGGAUGGCUACAUCCACUACGGCCAGACUGUAAAGCUGGUGUGCUCAGUCACAGGCAUGGCCCUGCCCAGACUGAUCAUUCGCAAGGUGGACAAGCAGACCGCCCUGCUGGAUGCAGACGACCCUGUGUCCCAGCUCCACAAGUGUGCCUUCUACCUGAAAGACACGGAGCGCAUGUACCUGUGCCUUUCCCAAGAGAGGAUCAUCCAGUUUCAAGCCACUCCAUGCCCAAAGGAACCAAACAAGGAGAUGAUCAAUGACGGAGCCUCCUGGACAAUCAUCAGCACGGACAAGGCUGAAUACACCUUCUACGAGGGCAUGGGCCCUGUCCACUCGCCUGUCACCCCCGUGCCUGUGGUGGAGAGCUUACAGCUCAACGGCGGAGGAGACGUAGCCAUGCUGGAGCUGACGGGACAGAACUUCACUCCAAAUCUGCGGGUCUGGUUCGGAGACGUGGAGGCAGAGACCAUGUACAGGUGUGCAGAGAGCAUGCUGUGUGUGGUGCCUGACAUCUCGGCGUUCCGCGAGGGCUGGCGAUGGGUGCGCCAGCCGGUCCAGGUGCCCGUCACCCUGGUGAGGAACGACGGCAUCAUCUACUCCACGACGUUGACCUUCACUUACACCCCGGAGCCCGGGCCGCGGCCGCACUGCAACGCGGCGGGCGCCAUCCUCCGGUCGGGGAACGCCAGCCUGCUAGCAGCGAGUAACAGCCAGGCUAACGAGGCCAACUCAGGAGGCUACGGAGGGCCCAACAGCGGCGCCAACCCAGGGGUCACAUCCUCUUCUACGGCGGCCGCCGUGGUCUCCUAACACGCGUGUGACAUACGCCCGGGAGAGGAAAACAUACCACAUUGGGGGGGAGGGAGGGGGAAGACUACAUUUGAAAACACAAACUGACUCGCUCUUUCAAAAAAAUACAAAAAAUAAAAUGCUGCAUAUUAAUUUUGGAUACAAAACAACCUGGAAUGGAAAAAUAAGUCAGAGAAAGAAGAGGAGUUUUCAAUGACGAACAAAAAAAGUCAUUAAACCCACGAAAAAGAGAAAUUGUGCUCCUCAUCCCCCUCUUGUGGUUUAAAGGGACAUGCCUCUUUGGUGCUAGAGGUGGAGCCAAGGAAUAGGGAGUUCCUAUUGGCUCAGACCCUCAGCAUGUUUAAAGGCCGUGAGAAUGGAAACCACAACAACAAUACAUCCGCUAUGUGUAUAACAUUGUUUAAAGAAAAGUCUAUUUUUUUUGCGUGCCCAUCUCCCCAUUAUGCCCCCUUUUCCCCUAUGUUUUCUUUGUCAUGUCAUGUUAGUUUGUGUUUGUUUCUGUACAGGGGCGCGAUGUGUUGUUGUCAGAGGGUAAAGGACGUAGAGGGACAGAGAUGAAAACCGGGAUUACCGUAACAUAGUUUUUAUGGACCAAGGAUCUUGUAUAAGCUUUAGUAAAGGUACAUUUUCUCCAUACCUUUUUUGUAUUAAACAUAUAGUACACUUUUGUUACCAAAUAGUUUCUAUUCUUCCUCUGAGCUUGGACCUUUUUUUGCGGUCCAAACCCUGACCUGGCUUGUGUAUAAUAGCAACAUUACUUCCUUUUUCUCUGACAAAAAUGCCUGCUUUUUUAAAUUAUCUUUAGACGGAAACGCUUCAUUUUUGAUACUUUGCUUCUUUCUCUGAGAAAAUUAGUCUGGGGAUUUUUUUUAUUCUUUUUAUUUUUACAUGAUCAAAACUUUUGGUUUCUGUUUAGGGAAUAACCUCAGAGGGUCUAAUUUUCUUUAUGAUUGGUUUUUAUGAAGUCUUUAAAAAGAAAAAAGCUUUAAGCAAUGCCUCUGCCUUGCCUGCAAUACUCUAUGUACACUACCAUCCCCUCAUGGGGAAGUAGGGCCUUCCGUGUGUCUGUACAUCGUCACGCAGAGCCAUAGCAACGCCUACAGAAUUCGUAUGUUCAUUUCAAGAAAGAAAGGAAAAGAAAACAUAUACAGGCAGUUCUAUAAAUUGUUCAUUUUUACAUCAAUGUAAAACGAGCCUAGUCAUUGAAUUUAAGAUGAUAGCCUUAGUACUGUAUCUUAUUACUGUGCGCACAGUCAAAGAAAGUCCUGUCACAUAUCCAAAUGUUGAAAUCAUGUUGUGUUUGUUGCCACUCAAGUAUAAGAUGAGUUUUAAAAUCUGUCAGCCAGUAUACCAUCCUACCAGGCUUAGGUGUCUUCCAGUGAGUCGUUAAUAAAAGUGGCAUUUAACUUCCAUGGUUUUACAGAAGAAGAAAAACAAAAACAGUCAUACCACGCAACAAUGUGUUUGAGACACUUCCAAUUGAACGUGGCCUUACCACUAUCUUAAAUAUCAAAGAGCCUCUCACCUUUCCAACGGUCUUCUCACUUUGUGUACUGUCAGCUCGGAAACGCUAAGAAACUGAAUCCGUCUGUCACCUCUCUGCACAUGACGGGGGGGCUUGUGUCUCGGGGGACUCUACCCAGACAUUCACACGCUGUCAUCGUCCACCAAUAGAAAAUCAUGUUGUCAUAUUGUCAGCCUUCUGAAGGAUCUGUUGGCCUUUAAAAAAGAAAAAAAGAAAAUGAAAAUAACUAAAGAGUUUGAAACUACCGAAAAAAGAACACUUACUACCGGUUUUGUACCUUCCGGUAUUCAGCUUCCGCCAUUUUGGACCCAUGGUUGUUACGAGUGCUGUAAGCUCUUCUGGGGGCCUGGGAGCCUGUCACAUGUCCUGUGGUAUUCACUUCCAGCAACACUUUGAUGUACAUUGUAAACUCACAGUCUGAAAGUAGCUGCACUCAAGUCGCCCAUGUAAAUGUACUCUGUGUGUGUGUGGUGAUGUCUCCUGUAGAAUUAUAAGGCCUUCUAGAUGUAUGUGUGUGUGUGUGCGUCGAAGAUGUGUACUUUCCAGAAUGUACAGCAAUAUUGUACAGGUUGUGUUUUGUCUGUUCUUGGGUUUUGUCUGCCUGACCACUAGUUCACCAGCUUGCGUAAGUGUGCUAGCGAAUGAGUGCUAUGGUGUGUGUGUGUGUGAGUGUGUGUGUUGAUUUUGCUUCCUUGUAUUGGCGUUCUAAUGGAACAAUGAGUCAGACUCGCUCCAUUUCAAACAUCCAUUCGUGUCCAGAACAAUCAGUGCUCUUUUAAAGACGGACUUGGGAUUCAUUUGCGCCGUCUUCCGAUCCAAAUACUGAAACGACUCACUCUUACUUCUCUGAUAAAUGUGGACGAACAAAUUGAUACGAGGCAAUACGUUGAUCAUAGUAUUACAGUAAACUGUACAAACUUCUGGGAAGAACUAUGACGCUGUAACUUGAAUGUCUGACUGAUGGAGUAAUUUACCCUCAGUCACACAAACCCUUACUCACUCACAUCCCUUUAAACGGGGAAAGAAAAAAAGUGCUCAAUUUGUCCCCAAAAAAUAAUACUUUUAGGGAUGCUUUUUAAUAUAUAACCCUCAUGUAAUUUUUUUUGUUUGUGUGCCCAUCUUGUCAACUAUCGAUGUAAUCUUUAUACAGUGUAAUAUUGUUAUUUUAAAUUAUUUGGUAUAAAAGUUUUCCCCUUUUUGUUUUAUUCUAUGUCAAAGAAAUAAGUGCAUUAUUGCCCAACGCUGCCUCGCUUUGACCUGGGAGUGUGUUGUCAAAAGGCUACUGUAUGGUUAUCAAGGAAUAGGUGCUCUCAACCUAAAUUGCAUAGCUUGUAGCAUCGUAUCAAGAAAAGCUGCAUCACCAUCUACAUGGCGAAAGUAGAAGAUAGAAUUUUUACACCAUGAAUAGAAAGCAGUUGGCCUUUCGAAACCCUUUACUCUGUUCCCUCAUGUCAAUAAGGUUGUCACCAAAUCUCUGAGUUAACUCAGUGUUUUUCUUUUCUAAAUUCUUGCUGAUGUCAGUUUUAGCUGGUAGGAAUGAGCUCGGGAGUUUUCAGUUUGGGGUUCAGUGGCCUCCCUGGCCUGAGGUGUUACCCACCUCCUUCUGGUUUGUCUUUUAAUAUGUUGUUUACACGUUCAGUAGCCUCUCUCUCCUCCUCUCGCUCUGCUCAUCACCAUCUCACGGGUUGUGCAAGUCUAGAACGAGUGGCUUUGCUGUGUCAAGUAAACAGUUGAAGGGUGAUGUGUAGUUGCUACCUUCAAGAGUUUCGGGCUGUUUACGUGUACUCGGUUUGGCGGGAGAGGAUUCUGGGUUAUUGAGGCUGGAAUUGAGGCACCAGCGUUCCUCAUCUUCAUGUUUCACUGAAUUAAAAGAGGGAUGGCGAGAGGAACAAUGUUACAAUGUCUUCUUUUAAACAAGCUGUAUUAACGUGGCCACCUAGUUGGUUGCCGUCUCACAUAUGCUUUUUUGCAAAUACUGUACACUUAACAAACCCAUGUUCACUUAUUUGUCUGGUCAUAACGUCCUGUUUUGUUUUUCCAAAAGCAGCUUUUUUGGGGGGUUGUUGUCGUAAUGAGCUCUGAACAAUGUAUGUAUCCUCUAAUAUGCCAAAUGUCUUUUAUAACGUAGAGUUUUCAUGCACUGCUAAACGAAAACGGACAGGAGGAGAGGCAGCUUUAAAUAAAUGAAGAGAUGUGUGAGGAGGCCUCUGUCGCAUCAGCCUCGCCGUUGAAGACAACUGGCUGGCUGCUUCACAGAGCGCUAACCCUUAUCUCGCACACUUUUUUCUCUCUCUCUCUCUCUCUUUCUCUUUGUCUUCUCUCUGUAUGUUUUGAUCUCCUUUCUUCUUUGGUAUCCUUUGCUCUCGCAAAAUGGAUUUGUAUUCUCUUUUCCUCACCUCCUGGCUCUCACCCUCUCUUUCCUUCUCUCUCACUCGGUCUCUCUGUCAGUGUAUUGUUCUAGUCAUGAUGAACAGAGGUGUCAAUGUGGUAGUAUACUCAGUGCUCAGAUGGCUGCUGAUGGUAGAUACCUGUGCAGUUUGUAACAUUUAGCAAUAACGUGAAACAAGGGGACAUUUUUUUUUUUUAUAACAUGAUAGAUUGUUUGUUUUUUGUACAUAUUGCAGUUUCAGUUCAUGCUCAAUUCCUUAUGUCAUUAAAAAAAAAAACUAUUACAAAAAAACUUGCAAUAUUGGCAUAAAAAAAAUCAAGAAUAAAAAAGU